AUUUUGUUCCUCUGUCAGAUCAUCAGUGAAGGUAUUUAAACCCUCCAUUCCCUGGUUGAAGGCACACUGCUUCCAGUGAACCUGGUUUCUGCUGCUGCUGCUUUGAUUCUUCAUCACAAGAUGAAAUUUGUUCUUUUUACUUUGUUCCUUUGUGGAUUCAUGCUCAAAGUAAAUGGGAAAAGUUCAUCAGGAGAAUCCCUCCCAGAGGAAAAAUCCCUCGUGGCAUGUGAGGGAACAGUGGCUCGACUCUACUGUGAAGAAGGUCAGGCUAUCUAUGUGACCAGUGCUACAUAUGGACGCACUGACAAGAAGAGGUGCAGCGCUGGGAGACCUGCUGACCAGCCAAAGAACACCGAGUGCUCCACAGACGCAGGGAAAGUUGGUGAGAGGUGCAACGGGAAACAGUGGUGUAAAGUCAAAGCCAGGAACUAUGUGUUGGGAGAUCCCUGCUAUGGGACCUACAAGUACCUGGAGGUGGAAUAUAUUUGUUACGAUGUUCCCCAGUUGUGCCCAGAAUAGAAGCAGAAGUCGCCUUCUUCUUCAGGAUGCCGACGAAGGCUCUGAUGCUGCUGCCCCAACAGAUGACGCAGAGGGCAACAGACUGAGAGAAGAUCUGCAGCAUUCUGCUGCAAACCUGGAAGAAUCUUAGCUCCCUCAAGAAGCUGAAUGAAAAUAAUCUGAAUUGCAAUUAAACAUAAUAAAUAAAGUAAUAGAGUUAGUUUGAAAAUAUUUUUAUUUUCAUUUCUGUAAUAUAAAGA